AUGAAAGUAGAACCAAGCCACAAAGCUGAAGUUCUGGUUGGGCUGAAGAAAGCCAUCGACGCUGGCAUGCUCAUCUGUCAAGACUACGGCGAGCUGGUUCUCAUGCGUCAAAUUACAAUCCUGCAGGUCCUCAAUAUUCUUGUCGAAGAUAUAUUGGACCAAGGAUCGAAGACCAGGGACAGAAAGCAGUUGCCAGACAAGCAGGCCCAGUCAGCUGCGGAUACCUUCUCUAAGCUUGCAAUCUCGCAGCCACCGGCCAAACUCUCCCUUGAAGAUCUGGUAGCCAGCGCCCAGGCCCAGAAGGGUGCAUUCCGGGAGUAUCAGUCUCUCUUAUCAUCAGCCCCAGUUGUGUUGGCCCACGCAGUGAACCUGCGGUUCUUCAGCCACCCAGGGCUAGCUCCAGACGAAAAGAGCCGCCGCUUGCCGGCCGAUACAGACAAAUACAUCAGCAUUUCGUUUUUCGAUGCCGUCCACGAUGCCGUCCACGAUGCAGUCCGGACCGCCGCCAUUUCGAAGUACGUAGACUGUUUACUGGCGCUCCUGGAGAAGGAGUACGGUGACAAAGUCCAUCGGCCCAUCUUGCUUCAGGAACUCUACAACAUCUGUCAUCUGGUGUUCGUUCGUACACAGGCCGGCCUUAAGCACGCUAUCCAGACAGCCAGUGGUGCCAAACAGUUCAAACGCGUUUCCCUAGGAUACGACAAACAAGGAAAUAAGCGCGUCAAUAUGAAGGGCGACCCCAAAGAGUUCUUUCUUAAACCGAGCGCACUGCACGUUAGUCAUCUCGAUGAAGAGGCGAAGAUGGAGACCCGCGAGGCUCAAGCACUCGGUGAUAAAGUAGUCAUCACAGGGUUUAUGCGUGACGUCUCGCCUGUCGUCUCGAUGCCCCCGCUUUUGCGUAAGAAAGACCAGAUGUUUGUUUCGAGGUCACAGGAGCUUGAAGCUGAGCUUAACCGGGUCAAAGGUGACCUGGACCUGCGAGGUUUCGCCAGUUCGGUUGGCAAUCUCCUCGAGCCAGGCAUGGCCUCAGCUUCUCUAGGGGUUCUAGACAAAUUCGUCGUUGAGAACACGGGCACAAACCUCGGGGUCCUGUACGAGGACCUCACCGAGGACAGCCUUGUCGAUCUCAAUAAUCGAUACCAUGAGGCAGGAGAAACUCCAACCCAACAGCGAGCAGAAAUGGCUGCCGCUUCCCGUGUCAUAACCGCAGCCCGCGCUAGCGGAGAAUGA